GUUGACAGCAACCAAAAUGGCGAUGUUCGUAUGGCUCAUGCUUUUAUCAACAGUUUCUGGCCAGGCGUCGCAAAACUAUAUCAUAGAAGUAGCAUCAGACUCAUGUCAAGACAUAGAUCAGGUUAACACGAAAUAUAGUCAGUAUUAUGAUUCAGCAUCACUUUCUUGUAAACCAUGUACCCAAAGCAACGAUAUUCAAACUAAAAGCGCUGACGGACUGACCUGUGUUUGUAAAACUGGGUACCGCUAUGUGAAGAAUUUGGCCAGCACAGUACUAUGUUCAAAGUGUGCAGCUAAUGAGAUUGUGUCUAGUGAUGGCUGGGAAUGCAUGGUACCAUCAGGAGAUUGCACUCUUGAUAAAAAUAUAAAAGUGGAAAGACAACUGAAUGGUUCCUGGCAAGGCACACCUUACACACAGACCUGUGUUGCAUGUACAGAUCAGACAGCUCCCAAUACUGAAGCAAACAGAUGUGUGCGCUGUAGCGAAAGUCUUUCACUGGGGGCAACCUCCUGCACAUGUGCUUCUGAUUCUUCAAAAUUGGCCGGAGGAUUUUGUUUCCCAUCAAAUGUCACACUCAUAACAGGAGACAGACUGUUUGAAAUACCUAGCAUUGAAGGCACAGACAAUGUGAAAUCUAGCUAUUUUCAGGCCAAUCUUCAAGCAGCACAUACCAUGUGCAAGGAGUAUGGUAAUGUUACGGCAUGCCAAAUAGUGGCAAAUUUGUGCGUGCUCAUCUUGUACAAUGAAGCCACUGGACGGAUCUGUAGUGCAUUCAAACAACUAGAAGAGAACAGGGUAUCAAAUCUACCACAGUUGUAUUUCACUGGUUAUGCCAGUGAUGUAAUUGAUAGUCAAGACAUCAGUGAUUCCUAUACCAUGACCCCACCAAUGACAAUUCCUUUUGUAGCUGUCAUUUACUCCCUGAAUGGAAAAUACCUGAAAACAGAGGCUCUUACCGAUGGGCUUCUGCAGCUGUGUGACACUACAGCGACUCUUGCAAAUGCUGCUUAUGUUUUUGGCACUUACUACUCUUAUUCAUGCAGUAUCAAGGCUUUGAAGCUAUGGAACACUGCAAAAUAUCCUCUGUAUUUUUACGACAUAUAUUUGAAAUACACUAACAAUGGGCAGAAGUUUCUUUACAAGGUCCCUCUUCGGUUUCUAGAUUUAAGGAAAGGAGACAUCCUAGUGAAUCAAGGUCAGACGAGGGACUGGGUAGUAACAAGGCGUAUGUUCCUCGUUGAUAAUCUAAUGACUGUUGAGCCAUCUCAAACAAGUACAACACAGGUUGCUAAAUAUGUACGCUAUGCUAAGGACAUCACCAUUUACAUGGCACUGCAAGAUGGCACUACAGAUGGAAAAAUAAAAAUUCCUUACUUCACCAUCAAAUAUGCAGAAGUUUCUCGUCAGUCUGCAGAAGAUGGGGCUGCAAUCCAGGUUUCCUUUAGUGUCCAGUAUACUAUGAGCUGGUCAAAGUACUACCGAGACUUCCAGAUUUCCUGUGGUACUCUUGGAACACUGUCAAUGCUAUAUGCUGGGUACAGAACAUGGGUGUGGUCCAAACGAGCUGGGCGCCCAGCCAUUGACUUUCCAUCAAUCGUCAACUUCUUCUUCUUCUUGUGUGGAGCAAUGUCAAACUGCUUUUUUGUCAUUGCGUUUGGUGUUUCCUUCUAUUGGUUUAUAUUUUUUAAGAGACAAGAUGCUGUGUAUCUGCUGCAUCCAGAUGGAGGUAACAUUGAAGACUGGCUGGGGCUUGCUGCAGCUGCAUUUGCCUUGCGCUGCCUCAGCCUAAUACACAUGAUCGUCAUGCAGUGCACUGUAGACAUUUUCUUUAUGGACUGGGAACGUCCUAGGGGCAUCUCACGUUCACAAGAUGGCAAAAAGACUACCGAGGUGCCGGUGACUAUCUGGAGGACUUUCUUUGUUGCUAAUGAAUGGAAUGAAAUUCAAGCUACACGCAAGAUCAACAAGGUUUUUCAGAUUUUUGCUACAGUUUUCUUCUUGGAGGUUGUGGGGUUUGUUAAUACUACCACCAAGGAUCCUGAUGGUACUAUCAACAAGUCUGCAGAUGGAUAUCAAGCAGAACAAUCAUUCAUCUACCGCUUUGCUUUAGCUGUUCUUGUCUACCUGGUCAUUGGUGUGGUGCAGUGGAUCUUUUUCACCUUCAUUUAUGAGCGUUUUGUGGAGGACCAGGUGCAGCAGUUUGUAGACCUGUGCUCUAUGAGUAACAUCAGUGUCUUUAUCAUGUCAAAUGCACAGUUUGGAUUCUACAUUCAUGGACGAUCUGUACAUGGCAAAGCAGAUGCAGAUAUGCAAGAAAUUUGUGAGAUGAUGAAGAGAGAAGAGGAAAACCUUUGUGGUCAGCGAGGUUUAGUACCAGACACAGAAGCCCAGACCUUUAUGAUGUCCAUCCCCAGGCGUCUGCGUCUCAAAUAUGAUCAGGUGUACCUGCCAGCUGCUCUAGAGGCAGCUGGUGCUGUUGGGAGGAUGGAACAAGGCAGACCUGGUAGCCGUCUGUCCAGCAACAAGGAGAAAAGUAUAGAGGCAUACAACACACUUAAUAAAUUUCUCUGUGCUUUUAUCGAUCAUUCUUUGCGAGAUGUAGACUAUGUUGUAAAGGACAAGACUUUGCUAGAAAGUAUCAUGGACACAGAAUUUUUUGAUGCUUCGGAAAAGGGAAUUUUCUACAAUGAUAAUGGCCAUUCCUUUGACCAAAUCUUGUUCUACGGCAAUGAAAUGUCGCUUCUCUUGUUUGAUGUGCUACUGUUUUGUAUGGUUGAUUUCAUCUGGAUGAACUAUGUUCUUGAUGGUGUCAUCACUUAUAUCAUUACUGAGUUGGUCUGCAUGAUUCGUGACACAGCUGGACGCAGGAAUCUUGUCCGAAAGACAUUAGUUGAUGAGAGAUUUUUGAUAUAGUUUUAUCUGCCUCUUCUCCCUCCCCCUCCAAACAAAAGCUAGCUUGUUUUUGAAAGGUCUGAGAUUAAAGUGCCUUUACCAGGUAAUUCAUGCAUUUUAGGGAAAAACUGAUAUCUAACUUAAACAUGCAUCCUUUGAUAUUGGACUUACACCUUAGUAAUCUAUCUUUAGUCAUGAAUUCCUUGUUGAUGUCGAUUAGCUCCCUUUAUUUUAGCUGGUUCUAAGAAUACCAGCCACAAAAAAGAUAACAGUUCGCAAGCAACCGUCCAUAUUGCCAGUGCAUUUUAAAGUUUGUGUCUGUUAUCAUUAAAACCUUAAAUUUCAUUUAUUGGUAGGAAGGUCACAGCACCAUGCAUCUAAUAUGGAUUACAAUUGUAAUUCAUAUUUUUUUUAUAUUGUGUAUAUGUAUUGUUAUAUAUAUGUAUAUACACAUAUGUAGAUGUGUGCAACUGACAAACGCACAUACACAUGUGUACAGGCCCAUUCUUAGCCCCCACGGGGCCCAUGGCAUAAGGAAUGUGUGGGGGCCCUUGAUGCCACAGUUCUAGUUGGGAUCUAAAGACAUUUUUUCCAGCAGGAAUAAUUACCAUAUUAAUCAAAAGAGCAGGGCCCCUGGUGACUAUCAAAAGCUCGUGGUCCUAGGCAGAUGCCUCAUCUGCCUGUCCUUGAGCAUGGCCCUGCAUGUGCAAAUAUAUUCUCAAGUAUACUAAUGUUACUGUUUGCAUCUAUGUCACUUGUUAUACAUUACAUCCAUAUGGUAACAAAAAAAUUAAAUGCUAGUUGUUGAAGCAGACAGUAAGCAAUAGUAAUGUCCACUAAAAGCAACCUGGGGUGAGACUAUUCAAUGCUUUCAUAAUCUCCACAUAUUCACAUAGAUCAUUGCUCUUCAGGUCUUAAAUUUGGAUUUUCUUCUAUUUAUAUUAGCUGUUAUGAUAAUUAGUAGUAGUUGUUUGUUGUUUUUUUCUUCAAGUGUGUCUGAAUCUGAAGAGGCACAUUUAUUAAAGAUCUUUUUCAUUAAAAUGACUUUUUAUGUUUUACAAUAAGUUCAUUUGACAUAAUAAAUUUAUUAACUAUUAGGGCAUCAGUAACUGAAGAUGUUAAAUUUUCAUCUCUGUGUAAUUUGACAAAAAGUUGUGUGCAUGCUUGUACUUCUUAGAGAAAAGGGUUGAGAAUGCAAUUAAGCAUAAGCAUAUGACAUUCAAAGUAUUAGCAGGAUUCUCUUUUCUUUAAUGAAAUGGGAAAACAGAGAGUGUUCCACGACUGAAUUGAUCAAGACUGUCUCGAUAUAAAGCACCAUUCUGUACUGCCUUCCAAAUUGUUUUGAAUCAAUG